AUAAACCAUGAUUAGCCUGGAUACCGUGCGUGAGUUGUGCAUCCUACUCUUAGGUUUCAGCCUUAUGUAGCGAUUUGGGAAUUGGCAUCGUCAUAGUACUUUUAAGGUAUUUUAAACAUGAAGUUCAUUAUUUCUUUUGCGGUUUUUUUUUCACGUGUUAAGUUCCGUUAAAGAUACUGAAAUAUAAAAAUAUUUCAUGUUUGCUAUAACAUUAACGUUUUGUAGAAACAUCUAGUUUUAGGCUUGGUUACACUUUUUUUGGUCAUUUCGUAACAUCGACACCUUUCCCUAUCGAUUUUUUUCAAUCAUUUUCCACUAUAGCCCAAAAAGUUAGCAAGCUCUUACAUUAACGAAUGUUCAAUUUGACAAGAUAGAGAUAUUUCCAAUCGCACAUACGCUAACAAAAAAGCUCGUGAGCUAAACCGUGUAAGCUGGUCAUUCGCGUUUUAUCGGUAACCUGGGGAUAUUUUGUAGCUUGCAUAAUUCUGAAAAAUUGAAGGUCAGUUUCCAUUUUGCUACAUUUUCUGGUACAGCGCAAAAAAAAGCUCAAACGUUUUAUAAUUAAAAAUUUCUCACACGUGAAAUAAAAUUCACAAAUUUCUUAUUUACAGCUGCUGUAAAUAAGAAAUUAUUAAAUUUUAGGCUUACUAUAUAUAAGCAAAUGUAGUGAGAAGUUAUUUCCAACAGGAAUGUUAAUAUAAUUUGUAAUUUGUUUUAAUAGAGAUGAUAAAAGGUGCUGUUAACUUUUGUAAAAAUAUCUCGUACUGUUCAAUAAGCAAAAAAAAUGCGUGAUUAGCCUUCGUACCGUAGCAGGUUUGGACAGCCUAUCCCGUAUUUGCCAGUCAAACACGUGCCCUAGUGAUUAAAGGCGUUUAUGGGGACAUAAACUCACUGUACCUGGACGAUAAAUUUUACUUACUAAAUAUUUGUUGGCGAUUGGCAAAUUACGCAAUAGGUCAAAACACUGAAGUCAUCGGCUAUUUGCUGCUAAAGGGGAACGCUCUUCUCGUCCCUAGAGCUCUUUCAGAUUGAAACCUGGAAAGUUUAUCUCAAAGAGCUCUGGGGUCGAGAAUGCGGGAACGCUUAAGUUUAAAAACAACAAUAACAAACAACACCUUUGUAUUACUUUAAAUUUUGAUUUGACAGGCGCGGCGCUUUUUCGAAUAAUCGUUUAGUCACUGAUCUUACUUACAUUUGUGUACCGGCGCAGCAAUGUUUUGAGCAAGGCGGCUUUAGAUGUUCGGACAAAAAUUUGACGUUAUUAAUGUUUUGUCCAAUUUAACGUCAAAUUAUUGUCACUUUGUUAAUGUAUCAGGGUGGAAACACAUUCUGGUAAAAUGGAUUGCUCGUCAGAAUACGUAGAUGACUACGUUGAUAGCCAAAAUGUUCUAACAGAACAUUCCAAUGCCGUUCGAAAAAAGUCAAAGUUACCAGUAGUUAGCCGCGAACUGAUAAGCAACAAGGAAGAUUCCAGGGAUAUUUCCAUAUUAAAAUCUGUUUUUUACGAUGAAAUAAAGUCUGGAAGGAGAUUGCUGUUUAACAGUGCCGAGCACCAGAAGCGUAAACUUACCACAAAUCCAGUAAUAAAUACGAGUGCUUUUAAAAGAUUAUGGGGAAGGAGAAUUCGUGGUUCAUUCGUUGCUCCACUUGAGCAGGCAUGUCAAAAUACACGUAUUAAAAGAGUUAACACGCAUUGUGAAGUAGUUAACAACGAAAUCUUCGAAAAAAACAUCACUAGUGGGAUGAAAAGAAGGCUAGAAGUGAUGGAUGUGUGCAUGAAAGAAAAAGAAGAUCGAAUUGAAUGUAUGAAAGAAAUAAUUGAAACAUUUUUGCGAUCUUUCUCCGCAUCUGUGCAUCUCGCAUUGACAGACUCACAACAAGCACAUGGGUAUCUAGAUGCAGAAAUAGUGUUACUUAACAAGAAAUUAAGCCAACGCUGGAGAAUCUUUGGUAGACACACAUUGCGAGAAGAGAAGAGACGUUUGUUAGCAGUAAAAGCAGUCUUAAGUACAACAACAAAAGAAUUGCAAGCAAAUUUGUGUUGUCUGGAGAAGAGAAAUGUAGAAAUUCAAAAGUUUACUUAAUUAAGAAAUUCGAUAUUUUAAAACUCACUUUCUUAUGAUGUCACAAAAUUUGGAAAUAUGAAACAAUAAUAAGCUUUUUAAUCGGAAAAUGGCGUUGGUUAUGACAUAUAAACUUUUUAUGGUUUUAAAGUUUUUUAGACUUGAAAGUUAUGUUAACCUUUAGACGACGAAUCGCGUAGAUCUACAGUUAAAAUUUGUUGAAGUUAGGGCAGUCUACCUUCACAGUUAGACUUUCCCAACUCCUGAUGACUAGAUUGAUAUGGAAAUUGCUUGUCUGAUGAAGAACGAAUUACAUAAAAGUAAGGUUCUUAGCCACCAUUUGCAACUUAAGUUUUGGAAAGCAAAACAAAAUACUAAAAGAGAUUGUAGAAGUGCGUAUCUUUCCCGUUGCAAGCAGUAGCACCGUACGAGUUUUGGAUGACUAUGAAGCCACUCCUGUAAUGUUGUCUAAAGACUAGUUUUCAUUUGUCUGCAUUUUGUUAGCGAGUGCGUGCAAAAUCUGUAAUUUUGUCGAAGUGCGCACGCGCUAAAGAGAUUGCUCGUCCUGUUUUUGCGCAAUAGCGGAAAUUACAGUCUAAUGGAAACUAGCCUUCAGACCAAGCUACAAACUAUGCAUAUUAUAAAGACAUAGAUUUGCAUCAAUAUUACAGAUGAUGUUUAAUAUUACUCACAAACAAUUCAGAGUUUGUUUAAUUCACUCAUUCAUAAUGCAUGUCCCAUUCACUGAUUUCAACACAUGUGACUUACCCAGCUGCCACCAUGACAGAUAUGUUCGAUGUGUACUAUGACGUCACAACACGAUAGGAAACACUCAACACGAAGGGAAAACAUAUACCAUUU